UGUACUUUUUCUUCUCAUUCAGGUAUAAAUAGGCCAACUCAAUUCCACUUCAAUACAUCUUUUACACUAAAAUAGUUUUUCAACAAUAACAUAGCAGAAAAGAAAUGACACACAAAGUUGUUUUGUUUCUCCUACCUUUUCUCCUACUCUUGAUGAUUAAUGGGCAAGGAAGCUCUGCUCGAUAUAUGAAACUUGAGCAAGAGAAUGUGGAAGAAAAACACGCUGAUCAGCCUUACCUUGAUGGUUGGCUCAAAAAUCCAUUGAAGAAUCAAAAACUCACCCAUGACUCUAACCAAGUUUAUCUUGAUGGAUGGUUGAAAGAUACCCGAUCUGAGAGAGCGAAAUCCCUCUCUGACUCCAACCAAGUUUACCUUGAUGGAUGGUUGAAAGAUACCCGAACUGAGAAAGAAAAAUCUUCCCCCGAUUCCAACCAAGUAUACCUUGAUGGAUGGUUGAAAGAUACUCGAACUGAGAAAACAAAACCAAUCGCAGACUCCAACCAAGUUUAUCUUGAUGGAUGGUUGAAAGAUACCCGAGUUGAGAAAGCUAAGUCCACCUCUGACUCCAACCAAGUUUAUCUUGAUGGAUGGUUGAAAGAUACCCGAGUAGAGAAAGCAAAAUCCACCUCUGACUCCAAUGAAGUUUACCUUGAUGGAUGGUUGAAAGAUAUUCGAGCUGAGAAAGUAAAGUCUACUGAUGACUCCAACCAAGUUUAUCUUGAUGGAUGGUUGAAAGACAUCAGAUCUGAGAAAGCAAAGUCCACGCCUAACUCCAACCAAGUUUACCUUGAUGGAUGGUUGAAAGAUACCCGAUCAGAAAAAGAAAAAUCCACCUCGAACUCCAACCAAGUUUACCUUGAUGGAUGGUUGAAAGAUGCCCGAGCUGAGAAAGUCAAAUCCACCUCUGACUCCAACCAAGUUUAUCUUGAUGGAUGGUUGAAAGAUACCCGAGCAAAGCAAACAAAAUCCACCCCUGACUCCAACCAAGUUUACCUUGAUGGAUGGUUGAAAGAUACCCGAUCUGAGAAAACAAAAUCCUCAUCUGACUCCAAACAAGUUUAUCUUGAUGGUUGGUUGAAAGAUACCCGAGUUGAGAAAAUAAAAUCUCCCUCUGACACCAAGCAAGUUUACCUUGAUGGAUGGUUGAAAGAUACCCGAUCAGAAAAAGAAAAAUCCACCUCGAACUCCAACCAAGUUUACCUUGAUGGAUGGUUGAAAGAUACCCGAUCUGAGAAAACAAAAUCCUCAUCUGACUCCAAACAAGUUUAUCUUGAUGGUUGGUUGAAAGAUACCCGAGUUGAGAAAAUAAAAUCUCCCUCUGACACCAAGCAAGUUUACCUUGAUGGAUGGUUGAAAGAUAUCCGAGCUGAGAAAGCAAAAUCCACAUCUGACUCCAACCAAGUCUACCUUGAUGGAUGGUUGAAAGAUAUCCGAGCUGAGAAAGCAAAAUCCACAUCUGACUCCAACCAAGUUUACCUUGAUGGAUGGUUGAAAGAUGCCCGAGCUGAGAAAGUCAAAUCCACCUCUGACUCCAACCAAGUUUAUCUUGAUGGUUGGUUGAAAGAUACCCGAGCAAAGCAAACAAAAUCCACCCCUGACUCCAACCAAGUUUACCUUGAUGGAUGGUUGAAAGAUACCCGAUCUGAGAAAACAAAAUCCUCAUCUGACUCCAAACAAGUUUAUCUUGAUGGUUGGUUGAAAGAUACCCGAGUUGAGAAAAUAAAAUCUCCCUCUGACACCAAGCAAGUUUACCUUGAUGGAUGGUUGAAAGAUAUCCGAGCUGAGAAAGCAAAAUCCACAUCUGACUCCAACCAAGCUUAUCUUGAUGGAUGGUUGAAAGAUAUUCGAGCUGAGAAAGCGAAAUCCGCCCCUGACUCCAAACAAGUUUACCUUGAUGGAUGGUUAAAAGAUACUCGAAACUAGUUCAUAUCUUUGUUUGCCAAUGUCUAUGUCAUUCAAAAAACUUAUGUUUUUAACUUCUAUGUACCGCAAGAUCUUAUUUCUAUGUACUAGGUAAGGUCUCGUUUAUGUGCUUAAUGAGCUAUUGUUACUAUGAACUAGAUGUUUGUCUUUUAAAAUAAACCUUAAUUUAAUUCGAUAAAGAUUGAGUUGGUGUC